AUGAUCACCGAAGAAAGGCUCAAUGCCAUGCUGGAGAAUCCGCGGGUGAAAGCCUACUUCGACACCUUGGACCUGGCAGUGCACGAAGGCACGGCGCUUUUCCACAUUUUGGAUAACGGAGAUGGAGAGGUGACUCUUGAAGAAUUCAUAGAUGGAGUACUACGCUGCAAGGGCCCGGCACGAGCCAUUGACCAGGUGGCCAUGCAAGCGGACUUGAAGAUGCUCGACCAGAAACUCACCGUGCUCAUGCGCUCGAUCCAAGAGGGAAAGGUCAACAAUGAGACAUUUGACAAAGUGGCGAAGCGGACCGAAGGUCGAAAAACGACUCUUACACGGGACCUGAAGGUGUUCAGACUGGAAGAGUCCGUGGAGUUGGGUGGCAUCGGCCCGUGCGAAGAAAGCUCCAACGGGCAGAAAAAACGAGGGCAAGAGGUGGAAAGAUGA